AUGGAAGAGCUUCAACAGAUGAACCCACUGGGGCUACUUUGUUGCCUCUACAGGGACCCUGGAGUCCCAGAGAUGGCCUUUGAGAGGGACACAAUCCCAGCCCAGUCUGGUCUGGAGCAGAAGCCAGUGAGCAACAUCAGGGACAAUGUCUUCCCUGAGGAUGGCACAGACCAGGGGACACCCUCAGACAUUGUCCCCUGCUCCUCCCUCUGUGGCUCUGGCUCUGGCAUGUUGAUGACUCUCACAGUGAUGCUGGCUGCACUGGGACACAGCAACAGAGCAACAGACACAUGCCUCCGUGACACCUCCAUCCCGGAGGCGGUAACAUUCAAGGAUGUGGCUGUGAACUUCACGCGGGAGGAGUGGUGCCUCUUGUCCCCUCCCCAGAAAGAGCUGUACAAGGAGGUGAUGGUGGAGAAUGCCCGGAACCUGCUCUCUUUGGGGCUUCCAGGUCCCCCAGAAGAUGUUAUCUCUUAUUUGGAGCAGAAGGAAGCCCCAUGGAUACUGGAGCAAGAAGGCCUGAGGAUUUUCUGCCCAGAAGGAGAGAUCAGACCUGAAAUGAAGGCGAAGGCAACAGAGGUGAGCCUUCCUGUGGAAGAAAUGGACCUACAAAGAUUCAUGAGUGAUGGUCCUGAUAACUUUGCUUUCAGAGAAUUCUCUGUUGCACUUCAAAAUUCAUCUCAUAUUGAACAUCAAAGUAUGUACACUGAGGAAAAAUCUAGUGAAAGUAAUCAGUGUGGAAAGACUUUUCUCCACGGGGCCAAUAUUGCUAGACAUCAGAGAAUCCACUCUGGUGAGAGACCUUAUGAAUGCAAGGAAUGUGAAAAGACAUUUAGUCAGAGCUCUUCUCUUGCUAUUCAUCAGAGAAUCCACACUGGGGAGAAACCUUAUGAAUGCAAACAAUGCGGAAAGACAUUCAGUUGGAGCGCCUCUCUUGCUAUACAUCUGAGAAUCCACACUGGGGAGAAACCUUAUGAAUGCAAACAAUGUGGAAAAACAUUCACAGGCUACUCCAAUCUUGCUGCACAUCAGAGAGUCCACACUGGGGAGAAACCUUAUGAAUGUAAGCAAUGUGGAAAGACAUUCAGUCGGAGUUCCCAUCUUGCUGCACAUCAGAGAAUCCACACUGGGGAGAAACCUUAUGAAUGCAAACAAUGUGGAAAGACAUUCACAAUGAAUUCCCAUCUUGCUGCACAUCAGAGAAUCCACACUGGGGAGAGGCCUUAUGAAUGCAAACAAUGUGGAAAGACAUUCACAAUGAACUCCUGUCUUGCUGUGCAUCAGAGAAUCCACACUGGGGAGAGGCCUUAUGAAUGUAAACAAUGUGGAAAGACAUUCACAAUGAACUCCAGACUUGCUGUACAUCAAAGAAUCCAUACUGGUGAGAGGCCUUAUGAAUGCAAGAAAUGUGAAAAAACAUUCAGUCAGAGCUCCUCUCUUGCUGUACAUCAGAGAAUCCACACUGGUGAGAGACCUUAUGAAUGCAAACAGUGUGGAAAGACAUUCACAGAUAACUCCUAUCUUGGUGUACAUCAGAGAAUCCACACUGGGGAGAAACCUUAUGAAUGCAAACAGUGUGGAAAGACAUUCACAAUGUACUUCAGUCUUGCAGUACAUCAGAGAAUACAUGCUGGGGAGAAACCUUAUGAAUGCAAGCAGUGUGGAAAGACAUUCCGCCAGCACUCUGAUUUUGCUGUACAUCAGAGGAUCCACACUGGGGAGAGACCUUAUGAAUGCAAACAGUGUGGAAAAACAUUUAGUAGGAGCUCCAAUCUUGCUGCACAUCAGAGAAUCCACACUGGGGACAAACCUUAUGAAUGCAAUGAGUGUGGAAAAACAUUUGGUCGGAGCUCCCAUCUUACUGCACAUCAGAGAAUCCAUACUGGGGACAAACCUUAUGAAUGCAAGCAAUGUGGAAAGGCAUUUACAGAUAAAUCCUAUGUUACUGUACAUCAGAGAAUUCACACUGGGGAGAAACCUUAUGAAUGCAAGCAAUGUGGAAAGACAUUUACUCAGAGACCACAUCUUGCUGUACAUCAGAGAAUCCACAUUGGGGAGGAACCUUAAGCAUAUAAGCUAUGUGAAAAUUAAAAAGAAUACAAGUUAGAUCCUUAAAAAAAGAAUACAAGCUAUUUGGAAAGAUGUUCACAUGCAACUCUAGUGUUGCUAUUGUGUGAAGGAAAUUUACCCUCCCCCCUUUCUGGGGCAGCAUACCUGGUAUGAAAGGGAAUUCUUGGUUCUCUGUGAGUUCACACCUUACUUGAUGCUGGGUGAGAACUAGCCAGAAACUUAA